AUGACAUCAACAUCAUCCGGCCUUACAAUGCUGACAUCAGGAGUCAGCCAAUAUCUACAUCCCGAUUAUCUACAGCCGCUGCCAACCACUUUGGACGCCAAGAAAAGUCCACUCGCACUUUUAGCCCAGACCUGCAGUGCCAUAGGAAAAGACACGUCACCUUCUAAGCCAAUUAUUCCUCCACUGGAGAAGAAGGACAACGAUAAAUCAGAGAAGUCGUCAGAUUCCGAAGCAUCGAAGCGACCAAACUCCCAUGGAAGUAAAGAAUCUGGAAGAGAUUCAAAGCCCGGCUUCAGAACAUUUCCACCGAAAGAAAUUCCUCCAUUGGUGCCAAUCCUGAGCUCUCCCGGUGAAAAGUCAAUCAGGACAGGAAGUGCAGAACCAAAACCAUCCAAUUCUCCAGCUGGUCAUGUCGGUGCUUCUAACUCCAAUUCCAGUUCUUCAUCCUCCAGGCCUACGGGGUCUCUGGGACAUACAGGUUCUCAGAGAUCAAGCUCCAGAAGUAGCAAUGGAAAAGGGGACAGUAAUGGUGGUGAUCAUCAUCACCACCACAGCAGCAGCAGUCACCAGCAUUCACAUCAACGACUUCGUGACUCCCCAGCCUCUUCUGGCUCAUUUUCAUCCCACUCAAGCAUAUCCCCUCCUUCCUACUCUAAAUCUUCCAUGUCCCACGCCUCUUCUGUGAUGCAGUCAUCACCAUCGCUCAGCUCGGCUGUUAAACCCUCUGCCACACACCCAUCAAUGCUGGGAGGAUUGCCCACUGCUGCCCACUUGGCCAGCUACCACAAUCAUCUGGCCCUUCUCAGCCAUGGACUGGAUCCUAGCAACUCUAGUUACCACAGUGCUCUUGCUGCGCAUUCUAGUCUCAGUAGUUUCGCAGCUGCCCAGUCAUCUGCUUUAAAAGCAGCAGCUGCUGCUGCCAGUGCACCAACAGCAUUAUCCCCAUUUGUGACAUAUGCAAGGGUAAGGACUCCUUCCGGAGCGACCACACUAGUACCAGUAUGCAGAGACCCUUAUUGCACAAACUGUCAACUAACAUUACAGAAUUCCCACUUGUCCUCAACAUGUAACUCCCCAGGAUGUCCCCAAUGUGCCCACGAAAAGUCCCUCACCAGCUUAUCAGCUCUGGGCUUGCCAGGCGCUUCCUCCAUGCUCCUGCCAUCCCUGUCUUCGGCUAGUUCUUUAUCUAGUUCAAUGUCUGCUCUUUCCUCUUUACAUUCUCUCUACCCCCAUAGUGCUCUGGUGGCCGCCCACCAAGGACUUCCUUACAUUUGCAGUUGGGUUUCCGGCAACGAUUACUGUGGUAAACGCUUCACGUCAUCAGAAGAACUCCUACAGCACCUGAGGACACACACAUCCAGUAUGGAUGUUUCAACCCUUGCAGCAUCAUACGCUGGUCUAGGGCUCCCCAAUGCUCUGGCAGCAUACCCACACUUAUCAGCACCACUGAGUCCUAACUCUCUGAGAAGGACCUACCCAACAAGUUUAAGCCCGGUGAGCAGUCUUCUGGGAGCUAGCAGAUACCAUCCAUACAAAUCUCCCUUAUCAGGUGUGGGAACCACGCCUCCGACCCCGCAGUCUUUUGCUGCAGUAGGACCUUACUAUUCUCCCUACACUUUGUAUGGACAGAGACUAGGUGCAGCUGUUGUACCUUAA